GGGUUCAAACGAUAUUACGCAUGCUCAGACUCCCUUUUACGGUUAGCUUCUGAAACCUGUCAGCUCAGCGAAGCGUAGAUUUUCUUAAUACCUUCAAAUACUUCCUAGCACUUUCUGCCUCCGGUCGGAGAAGAACAGUGAAAUCUACCUGUAGGUGUCACCGAGCUUGGAGUGUAACUUUUCCACGUGUGUCGCUGAAAGAAAGCGCAAAGAAUGACGAGCAUUUCAAAGCGGAAAGAAGAAAGUCAUCUAGUGAAUGGAGGUGUAAAGCAGUCCACAUGGAGCAAAGCCUUCAACAGUAACGCUGUUUGGGAAGAGAAGGACGAGUUCUUAGAUGUGAUUUAUUGGCUCCGACAAAUUAUUGCAAUUGUCCUUGGUGUGAUGUGGGGUGUAGCACCACUAAAAGGGUUUCUGGGAAUAGCCAUAUUCUGCAUUAUCAAUGCUGGCGUCCUGUAUGUAUACUUCAGCAGCUUUCAGCAGAUCGAUGAGGAAGAGUAUGGGGGCACGUGGGAACUCACCAAAGAAGGCUUCAUGACAUCUUUUGCCCUGUUUCUGGUGGUGUGGAUAAUCUUUUACACAGCUCUACAUUUUGACUGAGGAGGAAUCUGUAAGACACUAAAAACAUUGAACAUUGCUAAAGUAAAUUGUCAAGAUACAAGAACUCAGUGGUAUGGGAUUAUCAGUGCUACUACAUAAAGUAUGACUUCUCAGUGUGCAGUGCAUCAUGGGAAUUGUCUUUGGAAGAUCCAGGAAGAACACCGCAAUGAAAAUGUUCAAAUACUGUCUUUCUUUUUUUU